UGACUAUGCAUCGGACAUAGUUCUCGGUGCGAUUGAAUAUUUUCAUGUUCUUAGAAUCCAUUGGAAUUGGGUUGGCUUUUACAAGGGGAAUCGAGAGUGACACAAUCGAAAAAAUGCCAACCGGCGGCGGGUUUGGCACGGCGGCGGCGUUCCCGUCGAGAACAAUCGAAGAGCAGAAACUGGAAAUUACAAAAGAGAUGAGAAGUCAUGAGGUUUCCAUUGCAGAGCUCAAUCAUCUUUCCUCUACCAGAGCUGUCUUUCAGAAGAAUGGAAACAUAUUUUUCCGAACAACUGUUCAAAAAGCAACAACUUCCGAACAGAAAAAGCUUGAUGCGGCUAGAGCAAAGCUUCAAAAACUGAAUUAUUGAUACAAAUGGAGUUCAAAUUUACAAACCAUUCAAAUUUCUCGCAUAUUCAAAGGAAACUCUGGAGCCAACCCUUGAUUUAUAGGUUCAGAAGUCUUGCUUACAAAAUUUAUCUGCUAAAAUAUAUUUCAACCCUGAAAAGCAUGUUUUUUGUUCUGGACAUCUUUGAUUAUUAGCAUGAAUCAAUAAAAUAGUGAAGACAAUGAUGCCUCAAUGUAAGUUGAGCUGUUAUGAUGCAACUUUUCAAAUGUUAGUCUAAACCCCAAUGGAAAACCUUUCAUGUUG